AUGGUCUUCUUCUUCUUCGUCUGUGGGCAAUACACCUUCCGGUCCGAGGUCAAGGGCUAUGAGGGCGUCAUCUGCCAGUGCCACAACUGUGGCAACAUGUCGGGCCGUGUCAUCAAGAGCCGCCCUUUCUUCACCUUUUGCUUCGUCCCCAUCAUCCCAUUCACUAUAUCGGGCUUCGUUGAAGUCGUCUGCCACAUAUGCAACUUCAAGCAGCCGCUGAAGAAUCGUCCUGAUGUCGUCUCCAUGGCCAACGGCGGCAACCCCGGAGCUGGGCCAUAUCCCCCGCCGGCAAAUCCAGGAUGGGGUCAGCAGCAAUACCAGGGCCAACCUCCGGCAAGGUAUGGCUAA